AAUACCACUGACCAUCUCACUGAUCUCACUUCUCAGAGACAUAGAAAUCAAAUUUUGAUGGGAACUGGGAGGUUUCUAGGUUUAGAAAUGUCAACCAACAUUAGCGGCAUGCACCAUGACCAUGGCUCCACCUGCCAAUGCACAGCAAGCUCUACACCAUAUUCUCAAAACAUGGAUGAGAUGGAUUUUACCAGAGGAAUUUGGUCUGCUGCACUGAAUGGUGAAGUGGAUCAAGUUCAAAAAUACUUGGAUAGAAAAUGUUCCGCAGAUAUUUUGGACAGUGCUGGGUAUACUGCCUUGCAUUAUGCAGCCCGCAACGGUCACCUAAACGUGUGCAAGAUCUUGCUUGAUUAUGGUGCUAACCCAAAUAGUUUAACACGUGCUGGGAAAGCUAGUCCAUUACACAGAGCAGCUUAUAGUGGACAUAGUAACAUUGUCAAAACAUUGAUUGAACAUGGAGGAAAGUUGGAUUUAGCUGAUGUUGAUGGACAAACAGCAUUGCACAAAGCUGCACAGAAAUCACAUAUUGAGAUCAUCCAGCAUCUUCUGAAGCACAAGCCAAGUUUAUCAUUAGUGAAAGAUAAUUUGAAAAAACUGCCUAUUGAUUAUGUACCCGAGACAAAUAGGGAUUUACAACUAUUACUGGAACCUUCAUAAUGUUCUAAUAUUAAGAUACAUAGAAAAAUACCUAAAGUUGUGGAGGAUUUUGAACUUUCCUAUAACUGCUAAUGAUAAAUUUUUAUAGUAUUCAUUAAAUUUAGAGGUUUAAAAGUGGAACUGACAAGAAAACUAUAAAAAUGUACAUUAUUCUUAGUAAAAUAAAAUAAAAUGUUUUGCUAGAUAACAAUAUAUAGAAAUCUAUCUACUGUGUCUGUAUCCAAUUAGCUAACCUAAUAACA